CUGAGGCAUCUGAUAAUCGAUUGACAGGUCAUGAUAAUCGAUUAUCAACGGAGAUUUUUCAAAAAUCUGACCGUUGCAGAGACGUUGGAGAGCAGUUAAUGCCUUGUUUGACCAUACCAACGAAUCUCUACACCUCCUCCACUAUAUAUUGGUGAUAUCUACUCCAUUUUUACUCAUUCCAAUCAUCUCUUCUCCAUAUAUUCAUCAUAAUUCAUCAUUCUUGCUCCUAUUCUUCAUUUCUUUCAAAAAUUUCUGCAAUCUCUCUUGUUGCAAUGGCAGGCGGUCAAAGAAAGCGUUCCCGCACCAGCAAGAACGUUGCCUCCUCCUCGGCUCCUCCACCAUCGGCGCACAAGUACCUUGACGGGUCGUUUCUUUGGUUCAACGACCGCGAAGAGGCUACAAGGUUCUCGGAGAAGUUUGAGCAUCGGGAAAUUCUCCCUCCCCGAUUCUCCACCGCCCGCUUCAUUCAUGACUCCAUUCCACGCGAAGCACGGGUUAUCCUUGAACGUGGAAACUUCCUCGAUCUCCUCUACAUCAAGAAGGUCAAUUAUCAACCUUUUCUUGUUCGAGCUUUCUAUUCGAACCUGAAAAAGGAUGAGGACGGAUCGUUGAUUUCAAACGUCAACGGGGUGGACAUUUAUUUGAAUGAAGAGAACAUUCAAAUCCUCACCGGGCUUCGUCGGGACGGACAGGAUCUCGGGCUCUACACCGGAGAAGAGGGGGCGCGGUUCAAUGAGACCGCUCUCUUGGAGGAAGGAGUUUGUUCCCUUGUUGUAAACUCGAAGGAAGUUUCUUGUUCCUUCGUGAGAAGUCUUGGAGUGCGGUAUCUCCGAGCAAAGGUGUUGAGGCUCGUGUGACUCGGGUUCUCAAGUUGUAUCGGUUUGUUAAGCACCCUUAAGCUUAACGGAGUUAGUGUAGCUCGAGAGAGUCUCUCGGGGGGCUGGAUUAGCCACAUGUUGUGGUGAACCAGGAUAAAAUCCGGUGUGCUCCUUCUUUACGCUCUUCCCUUUUUAAAAAAGGUUCAUCCUUAAAAUAAAUGCUUUUGAUGUUU